UCUUGUUCCUGUUCCAUGGUAAUUCAUAUGUGACUUUAAGGUAAAAUACUUAAACUCUAUUUCCUCUCCAUCAAUUUUUCAAAAACAUUUAUUUACAAAGAAAUGUUGUGGUGUUGAAUUCAAUAAUGUUCGCAACAGUACAGGAGAUCUUAAAAUGGCUUGAUUAUUGCUGAAAUGCUGAUUACUGUUGCUAUUGUCAUUCCACUAUUAUAAAUGUAGUUACAUUGCAAAAGUGCCUUUAUGGAACUUGAGACUUUCUAUUGGAAAGAUAUGUUUCUCUCACAAAAUGUUGUCUACAGUAUUCAAGGAUGAUCUGUGUUAUCACCACUAAUACUGUUAUUUCUCCUGUAUCUUUGUCAAUAAUUUCUUUAUAGAUCAACCAUCCUGCAUACAUGAACACAGAGAAUCAAACCAUGGUGACAGAAUUCAUCCUGAUUGGAUUUUCCAAUUUUCCUAGUUUGCAGAUUCCAUUGUUCACAGUGUUUUUUCUCAUGUACCUGAUCACACUGGCUGGAAAUAUAAUAUUGAUAAUAAUCAUAAGUGUUGAUCAUACUCUUCAAAUUCCCAUGUAUUUCUUCCUCUCAAUUCUCUCUUUUUCAGAGACCUGCUACACGUUUGUUGUUAUUCCCAAUAUGCUGGUAAACCUGCUAACCGAAAAGAAGACAAUUUCUUUUACUGGGUGUGCUACCCAGAUGUUUUUCUUCAUCAGUUUUGGAGGCACAAACUGUAUGCUUCUAGCAGCAAUGGCAUAUGAUCGCUAUGUCGCCAUAUGCAAACCUUUACAUUACCACAUCCUCAUGAACCAAAAAGUCAGAGUUCAGUUAGUGGCGUUUUCACUAGUAACUGGAUUUGUUUUAUCCCUAAUAGAUACAUAUUUUAUAUUCAGAUUGCCUUUCUGUGGCGUAAAUAAAAUAAACCACUUCUUUUGUGACAUGGCACCAGUCAUUAAAAUUUCAUGCACAGACAACAAUGUAAUUGAAAUUGUCAUUUUCAUAUUUUGUGUUGUGGUUGUAUUUGGGUCAUUCUUACUGAUUCUUCUUUCUUAUCUGUUCAUCCUCAUUACCAUUCUGCAAAUUCCUUCUGCUGAGGGUAAGCAGAAAGCCUUCUCCACCUGCACCUCUCAUCUCAUUGUGGUCAUUGUGCAUUUUGGAUGUGCUUCUAUUAUCUAUUUGAGACCCAAAUCCACUUACUCACUGGAUAAAGACACCUUGAUUUCUGUCACUUACACAGUGGUGACUCCUUUGUUGAACCCCAUGGUGUAUAGUCUAAGAAAUAAGGAUGUACAAAUAGCACUGAGGAAAGCUCUGGGCAGAACAUAGUUUACAUGUAUACUGUGACAGCGGGCCUACUAGAGAUCAGAUAUCAAAGGCAAUCUUACCUAAAUAAUUUUAAUUUUGUACAAGCACCAACUGGAUGGACAAUCUUACACAAAGUAAAGGAACCAUGUGCAAGGAGCAGAGACCGCUCCCAUGGCAAGGGUCAUUAUAUUAAAUCAACCAAUGUUUUUAGCAACAUAUAAUAGAAGAGUACAGGAAGACUCUACAGUAAGACACUAUGCCACAUGCCUAGGUGAUAUGCAGAGUGGUUCUGCUUAAAAUUUGUCCAGGAACCUAUCUAAGUCUGAGAAAAUCUAAGUGCAACUCACCCUGCAAAGGAUCUGAAGGAGUUAUAAAUUAAAGUGGAGGAGCCUCAUCCUACUUCCAGUUAAGCCAACAGGAUUUUGUCCACUGACUACAAGUAGUCAUGUUAGGGGGUGAUUACCAUUGUAUUUUGGGUGACAGUCACUUACAUCUCUUCAGGCUGUUUUGUAUGUUGGUUUUCUGGCUACAUCUUCUUCUAAACCCUUUUUAUAUAAAUCACACCUCCUGAGACACGCCGGGAAUAAAGUUCUCUCAAUCCUGAGUCACAAAACAGUAAUCUGACUCAAUGAGCAUAAAUUGAUGCAAGUAUAAUAAAAGUAGACUUUGACUUUUAAACUCUGACAUCCUCAUAAAACACUCAAAGCUUGAAUUCACCAAAAUUUCUUAUUAUUACAAAUACAAUUGUGAGGGGUCAAGUAAGUGGACCUCUCCAUAGUCUGUGUAUUCAUGACCAGCAUGUGUGAAGCAUCAGUUCAGCUAGGCAAACUCAAACUCCAGUUUUAAAUAUGACGCUAAACAGGAUUUGGCAUUGACUGGCCAGUUGACUAUGGCCAUCAGUAAACCUGACUCCUCUAUAUGAUAGUUCAAUAAGGCAAUAUAUCCUGAUUAAGACAUGUUCUA